AUGGUCACUAUCUCAGAUAACAUAUACUCCAAAGUGCCGUCCCAUCUGCCUCGUUUGCACCGGAAAUCCGGUCUGGGUCCAGAAGAGCCUGACAUGGCCUCUGAAGGCUCAUCUACUGGUAACGCCACCGAAUCUUUCACGGAGGCGUUUCUAAGAGCCUCUUCAAGACCACAUUACCAUCAACUUCCCACUCCUUCCUCUUCUGUGACGGCUUCGAUGACCGAGCAGAAGGAGGAAUCCAACAACAAAGAAGAACAAGAGAUUCGCCUAAUGGAUUUUAUUGAUGUGCCUUCGUUAGUUUCUGAUAACGAAGAAGAAGAAUCCGAGGCGGAAAGCGCUCAUUCUUCGAAAGACUCUUCUCAGCGUUUUCCAAGACCUACUGCUAAACUGCCUCCAGCACUGGCUGCUGCUGAGGAAGUUAAACGGUCACUUAAAGAAGAGAAGAGUGAGAAUGACGCUGCUGCUGCUACGCCUGACCAAGCAGAAGCAGACCUGGCUCCAUCCCCUCAACCUUUGCCUACUCCAGAUAGCGUUUCUAACGAAACCACCAUCACUGAAGCCCAGUUCAAACUGGAACGUUCUCAGUUGAUGAAAAUCGCUGUCAAGUAUGUGGCUAUGAAAAUCACCAACUCCUUCCCUCCAGAAUCUGCCCGCAAGAUCGACCCCAACGAGAUGCCGUUGGAUACGUUUCUUCUCAUUUUAACCAGUCGCUUGCAGUUGACUUUGCCGCUUUUUAUGAAAGGUAUCAUUUACUUGUUCAGAUACAUGGACAUUAUAUACCUUUUGCGUUAUUUGAACCAAUCCAACAACUUCCUCAACUACACAGAGAUGGGGUUUGGACUUAAAAAGCUCAUUGUGGGUUGUUUCAAAUUAACUUUGGCUAGAGAACGUGUGGGUAAAGACUGGAGCGGAGUGACCGGCUUGGCCAAUGCCGAAAUCAACACCAUUGUGAAAACGGUUGUUAAGCGUUUGAAUGGUAAGUUGGCCAUUAAGAACAUUGAGCUUCUCAGAUUAAAGCUGGAGAUCUACCGUUUUGUGAAGAUGGUAGUGAAGGAGACCAACUAA